AUGAAGUACACAGUCGCUGAGACGGCUCAGCUUCAGAUGGAAGGAGGUGCCUCGGAUCUCAAAGCGACAGACCUCAAGAUCUACUGGGGGUCGCUGGGAGCUUGGAGCGAAGGGAAUGACAUUCUUGCAUCCGAUACCGUCAUCGAAGUUUAUCUCCCGCGCUUUUCAGGAGGAUCGAACAUCUUCGGCGCAUACAGAUCUGGCAGCGCGGAGACAAGCGUCAUGUGGAUGAAGCAAGGUCAAGUCGUCACCAUAUCUGCGAGCGUGUCCAAGCCAUGGGCAGCAGGUCUCUCUGUGUCAAGCCAGUCUUCGCUCGAGGCUGGUCCGGGGGUGGGAGGAUGCUUUGGGAUCACCCAGGACCUUUCGUCGAAUGCUUUCGAUCUCAAGCAGCUCCAAGCAAACUCCUUCUCCAUGUGUCAUUGGGACUCACAGAAAGAGACGCUCCGUCUCCUCAUGUCCUCAUCGCAGCCCAUCACAGGCGUGUACAUCAGCAAGGUCUCCUUGUAUCAGAACUAUGACGUCCACGGCAAGCAGAACGGGCUGGGCCCUCUCCCGCCCAUCGGAGGGAUAGACGAGCACUGGUAUCAGCUAGCGAAUGUGGCCGUGUAUCAGGCAUCUGGAUCUUCACGAGGCUGUGCGGUGAGGGCGAUCAGUGACUUUCCGUCGACGCCUUGUACGAGCGAUCUCUUGGUGUAUCAAGUUCCCUUCGACCAGUAUCGCUCAGUGAGGUUCGGUACGGACCUGCCUCCCAUCCCUACCAGAAAAGGCGCAGGAGCCGUCGGCACCGUAGCUCCUCCAGCCUUCGUCUAUGCGGCAGCGUCAGGCAACAACGAUGGGCCCAAUCAAGCUGUCUGCAUCACCGUCACUCUGAUCAGCUCGGCCACCCUCUACUCGGCUGGCGUCAAUCCCACCACCAUCACUCUCACCGGACUGACGGGAGCCUCGACCACCAGUCAGCCCGUGCGGCUCUUUCAGAACAAGUGUCAAUGCCAAGGCUCAAGCCCCGUGCAGGACUUGAUGCCUGCGAGGUUUCGAACCUCCACCACCGCCAACACCGUCGGCUCAGCAGACUUCAAGGCUGACGGGACCCUGACCUUUCAGCUCAUACCCGGGCAUUACAUCCAAGCUGGAGAGGUGCUGACCUUCUCCUUCAGUCUUGUGACGGGUGCCAACCCUCAGUCGUCUCGAGACCUCAAAGUGUCAAUGUCCGGGCAGGCGUGUCUGACCAAUGACUUCUGUACGUUACCCAAAUCUGUAGCGAUCACGGUUGCGCCGACCUCGUUUGACUCGUCGUCGAGGAUCUUGGAGGUGGUGGGCAAGAAGCUGAGGGUGUCGAUGUUUCAAAGCUCAAGCGACCCUGGCUCACUGACCAACCUCUUUGUGACGCUCCGGCCCAACUUCAACGUCGAGGUAGGGUCGGUCAUCAGCAUUCAGGGCCUCUGUGGCUCGCAGAGCAACUCAGCCUAUGUCUCUCUAGUCAGCAACAGGCUCAACGGCGGGACGCCGCUGACCGACACAUGUACUGGAAACCCGACCGAGGUCGACCUCGCGGACUACUGGCCAGGCUCAAGGCUGGACUGGAGUGGCGGGGGACCUCUCAAGAUCACUGUGGCGAGCAGCUUGAGUCUCGUUGCUCGCGGUACUUACGCUCUGUCAUGGACUUGGCGGAACCUGGACUUGGCUCACCCGGCGUGCUCGAUGACUGUCAGUAUGCAGAAAGGAGGAGACGUGGUGAGCGCGGAGGCUGUGGAGAACAUCGGCAACACAGUCGGUACGGUGCUGAGUCCUGGGUUUAUCAAGUACAAGAUCGGACAAUCGACUACCCGUCCUGACGUUGCCAACUACAUCUGCGUGACGCUGAGAAGCAACUUUCGUGUCUCCACGCUCUCCAACACCCAAGGUCAGAACAACCUGGCCCAGAUUACUAUCUCAGGCCUACAGGGAUCUCAAACGACAACAGCGCUGUUCGUGAAGGCUUGUCCGUCAUACGACUGGAGCUUGAUGCAGCUACAGCCCGAGUCUGAUCCGCCAACAGCUCACUUCAUCGACCAGAUCACGGGAGGUACACUCCAUCAUACGACAAGCUGGUCGUCUGGAUCAGCCGUCCUGACCGUCAACCAGGACGAUGCUGCGAAUCAGACGUACUACUCGAUCCCUCAGCAGCAGGACAUUGUGUUCGCUCUCAGGCUGAAGAACCCCAAGGUGUCAAACCCUUGUCAAUCAGUGACCAUGAGCUUCUCUGGUGUUGGCCCUGGCAACCGCUUGGUCACGCAAACGGUCAACAUGGUGCAGAACCGUGUCGAUAGAGCCCUCGAAGACGGCGAGACAGACGGAGACGUGUGCGUGCUCAAGACGUACGAUCACAGCUUCCUGACUCGAGUCAUCGCCCAGUCAACCUCGGUCGUGCAGGAGAAGAACGUCAUUACCGUCACCUUGAGGUCUAACAUGGACCUGUUGAGCUCCGUCUACAGUCCUCAGAUCACCAUCUCUGGUCUCACAGGAGCAGACACAGCCGUGACGUCCUUGUCUGCUGCUGCCAUCACAGACCAGUACUUCCCCAACAUCCAGAAGUCAAGCUGGGAUAAAGCUCGAGGAGAGCUUGUAGUCACCCUUGCUCCAGGAGCUUGCCAGCUGCCUGUCAAGGGUCGACCGUCUAAUUGCAUGCAUGCUGGCUGGACGUAUGCAUGGAGUUACACCUUGACGAAUGGCGUGACGGAGCAGGCCAGCCCUUCUGUCUCCGUGUCAUGUCAGUUUGCUGAGAACAAGCUGUCGAGCCCACAGCUCAUGGCUUCGCCGAUGCGCAAAGACUUGCACGCUCUCUACUUGACGAGGCAGCUGCUCAACAAGUAUGACAUCGGGCAGUUGAGUCCGGCUCCUGGAGCUGUCAACCCUGUUUGCAUUACCUUGAGACCCAGCAAGUCUAUCAAUGCGCCGACGACCUUCACUCUGACGGGCUUGGACAUGUUCUCUUCCGGUACCAAAGUAGCCUUGUACGAUGAGUAUGGGGUAUCGCCUCUUACCAGCGGGCUGUUCCAGACAGUUGGGGCUAGCCCGCAAGACAACUACGCGACGUAUGACAAGUCAACGAUACAGUUUCAGCUGGGCCCGUCACAGUCGCUGCAGCAGAGCUCCAAGUACAAGUUUUGUUUCCAGCUCACCAACGUCAAGACAGGACAAGCGACCUGCCCUCAGGUCUCGCUGACAGUAGAUUCACCGUCUGCACCUGCCGUGUACCGAGGAGCUCAGUCGUAUCUCUGCAACAAUGACGUGACCAGGAAGGUAGCCGGCUACACGUCUGAGCCGUCAGGGUGUGCGGGCUACAUCUCAGAUCGCAAGUUCAUAUCGUCCAACAUCAGGUCGGGAUCGAAUGUGACAGGCAGCACAGUCUGGUUGACGAUGGAGCUACAGCCUAACUAUCCUCUCGCCUCGGGUCAGACUAUCACAGUCGGAUCGUUCAUCAGCAUGAAGAACGCUGGAUCAUCGGACAUCCCAUGUACGAUAGCCAGGAACGGGCAGGUUGUCAAUGCCGCUACCAACAAGCAUCGCGCCAAGGGGAUAGCGCCUCCGGCUGUGUUCAACAGCGUAUGCAAGUACCUCGACAACACGAUACAGAUCUCGUACACCGGGGCGUCAACGCAGUACUCAUCUUCCGUCUACGACCCGUUCUACAACGUCAAUGCUCGCCGAUCCAAGGGCCUGUACAAGGUGGAGGUCACAGCGGGAGGGUCGGGGUAUCAGUCUGCUAAUGUGAUCUUAUGCGACGUUACGCCUGGAGCUGAGUUCUGGACGAAGCCGACAUGCACAGCUGCUGGGGUAGUGUUUGCUGCCGGCAGCUCUGCCUCAGCAGCCGCGACGGUGAUCUCCGGUACCGUGACGUCCAUCAGCCUGACAGCGCCUGGCUCAGGCUACACGAUGCGUCCUCAAGUCUUGAUCGUCGACCCCUCGGGCUCCGGGAGCGGCGCGCAAGCAGAAGCGUUCGUCUACGAUCACUCCAUCUACACAGUCCAGCUGCAGCUGGUCAACCAGGGCACUGCCGCCAGCGCUCAAGCUCUGACGGUCACGUCGGGCUCAUCAUUUGUGCCUGCGACGCUAGACAGUGGUUUUGAGGUCCGAGCAAGGUCCAGCAUGCAGCUCCAGGAGCAGCCCAGCAGAGAUGUCGUGUUCACGGUCACUCCCGAGCACAACAUCUACGAAGGCGACAUGCUCCUCGUCAACCUGCCUGCCUACGACGUUGUCACGGGUCCCAUCUUCGGCGUGACGUCGUCGCCCAACCCGGCCUUCACCACCUUCACCACGCAGCUGGAGUGGGAGCUCAACUACUACCAGGAAGAUCGCGCUCGAGCAUACAUCAGCAACGGCUGGGUGGCGGACGGGAACAGGCAUCGGUCAGGAGACGGAGACGUGGACGGCUUGUUUGUGCUGUCGCGGGAUGACGAUGGCUACAACAAGAACAAGGACUUGUGCUGGAGCCGCGUGUCCUGCCCGUGGAGCCUUCCGGACAGCGACAUCACCUUCGGGGGUCCAUCGAAGACGCUGGUGCUGACCAAGGUGACCAACGGAGCCUCGUCAUCUCUAGGGUACACACAGGACAUCUGCUACAGGAACACCAGCGUCAACCUCCUUCAACCGUCGGACUAUGUCGGCAUGCAGCUCAAGUGCCGCAACAAUCAGCACACGGUGACAGCCGGCGGUCAGGUCACAAGCGUGCGAGUGCGGCACGGGGGCCUUGUGGUCAUCAACGGGAGAUACUCGGAGAGCUCGGGAGUAUCAGGAGCCGCGCCGACUUUUGUGGCAUCUGGUGCGACCGAUCUGGCGACGGGGACGCUGCUGUACCAGGUGGUGGGAGUCCAGUACGUGUCAGGCAGCUUGUUGGCAGCAGGCGACACGAUCGUCUUCGAUUCUACGUACCAAGUCCUGCCGGCGAAUGCUACCAUCUCUUCUCUCUACAGCACCAGCCCAGCUGUGCAUGUCACUGCCCCAGGGCUGUACUCCGGAUAUCCUUAUGCGACCGUGUCUGGGAAGAACACCCAGCUGCGAGUGCUUGUCUCUGUGGCGAGUGCCAGCCUGACGUCUCAAGGCAGCGGAUACACGUCCAUCCCCACCAUCACCACCUCGCUCAAGCCAAGUGUCGGCCUGCCCUCGACAGUCCAGCAGCUUGAGCUUCCAGUGUUUGACGUCUCCUUGACCAACGUGACGAGCACCGUUGUCACCCAGUCUAUCCUCGACUACAACCCAGCUAGACAGUGCUUCGUGGUGGCUGAAGAGUUUCCGACUUCCUUCUUGAGCGACUGUCAGGUCGUGCCCAAGGAGCAGGUCGGUCGGUACACCGGCAUGACAGCGAUGAUCGGGUCCAGCGAGUACGUCAUCAAGCAGGGAGCAGGUGGCGUCUACUGGGUGGCAGACCUCAAGGGCAACAAGCCCAGGAGCAUCGACCUGGCCAACAAGCCCUACACCAUCUACACGCAGCUGCAGCUGCAGGUGGCGAAGGGCAAGUGGAUCCGACAGGGCGAGAGCGUCAGCAUCAGCAUCCCCGGCUACCGGUUCAAGUCGGUCCCUAGCGACCCCAACGCGUUCGUCACUCCCUCUACGGAUGACGCCUCCAAGACCAUCCGAGAGAGGACGAGGUUUCAGUUCGCGACGCCCGUCAGCUUUCGCAACGUCGGGCUAGCGGGCUCUGCUGCUUCGCGGAUGCUUGUGCUCGGCGGUGCCAUGUCGUCAGGCGACACCUGCACCAUCCAGGGAAGCGACAUCGAGAGACCCCAGGCGUUCGACGGGGUGACGGUCAACCAUGCUGAGACCAUGACAAGCGUCGGAGGGAGCGGGCCUGUGUUUGCUCCUCCUUCUACAUGGGGCUCGGGCUAUCUCCGACCCGGGAGGUUCUACGGCACCUGCACCUCUGGCAGGCGCUUGUCGGGCGUGUUCAUGCUCGAGGGGCAGAGGUCAGGCAUCGAGCGGAUCGAGAUCGUGACUCCAGGAACAAGCUGCAGCGCCAACGUCCAGGUCACCAUCUCCAGUCCCGACAAGGACGGGGUGACUGAUGGGCUGACCAACACCCCGGUCUGUCCGUCCGACAGCUCUCUAUGCUCUCAGGCUACGGCAGUCGCGACUGUCAGCGGAGGGUCCAUCACCAGCAUCUCCCUCACCAGCGCGGGCAGAGGGUACUUCUUCCCGCCUACCGUGACGCUUACGAACCCCAGCUCCAACACGCCUUGUGACGCCUUUGCCAUAGCGCACUUGUCUCACAACUUCACCUCUCGUCUGCGGGUGACAGCUGACUCCAACCUGAUGAUGUACCACCCCCAGCGAGAUCACUUCGACUCCCUUACUGGCCUGCACUCGACCGUCUUCCCCGCGGUCGCUCUGUACAAGCGAUACGAUGCGAGGAAGUCCAACGCUGAGGUUGGAACAGGAUACGUGGCUGCGAUAGUCGUGACGUCUCUACCGCCGUCGUCUUGCACAGGACCCAUAACCAUCGAGCCUCCGCCCUCAGGCAGGACCGCGAGGGCUCAAACAGCUGCCAACGGCGGCGUCACCUCGAUCGAGGUCAUCGACGGGGGGUCCGGGUACGAGUAUCCGCCAGCUGUGACCCUGCCGUGCACAGACGGCAGCGCCCGGGCGAUCCUAGGCUUCGUGACCUCAGACGUUCACAUGGCCGGCUCGAGAGCCUCUUCGUACACUGGCAUGCAGUCGGCGCUGCUGACGUCAUCGUCGAAGGCUCCCGCCUUCCGCUCUACCAUGGACUCGCCGGUGGUGGUCGGCUUCAACAAGGCUUGCAGCACUGCAGUCACGCAGACGAUGCUGAGGGCAGGCGGCUCGUGGAACAGCUCUCGAGUCACGGCAGUGACGGUCCCGCAGCAGGGGGUGUCGGGGUUUGCGUUCGGGUUCACAAGCGUCAAGAUAAGCCCGUCAGCUAUCAACGCCAACGGUCUGGUCGACGCUCAUGCCGACGCCGUGGCGGUCCCUACCUGGUCGUUUCCUGUCUCGGGGUCGAGGCUGGUCAACGGGGAGCUUGGCGUAGUGCACUACAACGGGCCUACGACCGUGACUAAUCUCUUCAGCUGCGAUGGGUCGGUGCUGGUGUUCAGCUCUCCGCAGCGGCCAGGAGGGCAGGCGCUCAAGAUCAAAGUCUCCCAAGCUGCGGGCGCGAGCCUUCCGAGCUACGAGAUCGUACAGCAGGGUCAAGGGUACGCCAAUAUCCCCAUCGUUGUCGACGUGGAGUUUAGCGUCGGAGGGGCGGUCAAGAGCUACCGACAAGACUUUGCGGACCUGAGCAGCAGCCAGCAGACGCUCUGCAAGCCAUCCUUCUUCUCGCUCAACACGGCGUACCAGGGCACCAACGUCUACUCGGGCUUCGUCAUAGCCUCAGGCACUGCGGCACAGCAGACAGGCCUGACUCUCGAUGGAGCUCUCAUCACCCACGAGGGAUACGGAUACCAGAGCUCGGGCUCCGGACCCAACGCGACCUUCAGCUGCAGCGGAUGCUCCAGCAGCGCCUGUGCUGACAAGAACGCCAACUCCAUCGCCAACCAGGUGUGCACUGCCUCAGAGCUUCAGGUGGAGGCGACGGUGAGCGGAGAGUGCUCGGGCUCGUGCGAGCAGUCGGUAGCGACCAGCGCCUUCUUCUCGCCCAGCAACCGCGACGGGCUGCAAGUCUGCUCGCCGGCGGACGGAGCGGCAGGAGACUACAGGACGCGCAAGACGCUGCAGAUGCGCGUGUCGAGCGGGCCGUCGGCGUACUCCUCCAGCAACGUCUACACGGCAAGACGCAGCCAGGGCUUCCAAGGCCCGCGAGGCUCCUUGAUCUUCAAGAUCACAGCCAACGAGGCGUUCGCGUCCGCCUCGCUCUGUCAGCCCCCGCGCGUCCUCGUGGAGCCUCCUCCCUCAGGUGGAGUGCAGGCGGAGGUCUUGCUCGACUACAUCGACACCAGCUCGGACCCCUACACCAACGGCCCGUCUGCGAGCUCGACAGCAGCCAGCAAGGGCUUCGCUGCCGACGCUGCUCCCUACCAGUACGUGCUCAAAGUCAUCAACGCAGGAUCCGGCUACUUGACCGCUCCGAAUAUCAAGCUCGAUUUUUCGUCCGGGUCGCUGCCGGCAUGCCCAGCUCCCACUCUUGGCGCUUACCCGAGAAGUGGGAUGGUCGCGUCUCGGGUCGAGCUCGUGAGGAACAUCUCGCUGCCAGAGCUCAACCAGGGGGCCGCAAAAGUCCAGCCGACUUGCAGCAGCGGGUCGUUUGUUGUCAAGUCUCUCUGCCCGGGCUCCAAACUCUGCACAAGCGCCUACUCGCAAGCAAAGCUCAACCCGCUGCCUUCCUGCUCCGGCUCCUCGCAGUGCAGCGCAUGUGCUACGUUCCCUUGCCCCGCCCAUACCUGCGCGGCCGACAACUGUCCCUCCUACCUGUCGACAGUGCUUGAUGCCUCGCUGUCGAGCGUGGUCGCUGAUGAGGCGCUGGCAGCCAUCGGGUGGGAUGCUCGGACCCAGCAGCCAGUCCUGCUCAACGCGGGCUUUGGCUUCUCUCCCAGCACGCCUAACCCGCUGAAGCUCGAGUUUCCAUCGGAUGCAGGACAAGCGUAUCCGUGCGCGGAGAUUCUACUCUACUUCACCGACAGCCCCAGCUCAGAUGCCCUUCAGCCGGGCCCUCUCUACUGGCCGGGCGACUUGUCCUUCGAUCAGAGCUCUGUCCGCAACCUGGCGGGCCAGGUGACCGGCGUGGACUAUCUGCUCAGACCCGGCUUCAUCAACGCAGUCUACGGCUCGUUCAGCAACUUCCCUGUCACGACUCUUGUGGCUCUCAGAGACCAGGCGGCUCGUCGGCUCCUGCAGAGCUCCAGGUCGGCUGUGCUGGAGGUGCAGUCAGUGUCGGGCUUUCAGGUGGGCGACUACGUGCGGCUUGUGGAUGAAGUCCUGCUCGUGGACGCGAUCAGCGUCCAGCAGAGCACUCUCACGGUCACUCGAGGCGCGCUCAACUCCAGCAUAGCCUCGACCUUCGCCGCAGGCACCGUUGUCAGGACCUUCAACCCGGGCUCCGUGCUGCUCAAGAGCGUCGCAAGGGACGCGACCAGCAUUGAGGUGUCAAACGCCGCCAAGUUCACGUCGGGCAGAUACAUCCAGGUAGAGAAGGAGGUUAUGUACGUCACUGCCGUAGGAGCCUCGUCGCUGACUGUGCUUCGAGGACAAGAGGGGACGAUCGCAGUCAGUCAUGCCGCAUUCAAGGCGGUGGGGUACGUGCGACUGUCUCAGAAGUAUCCGAUCGUGCUGGAGGAAGCCGUGACGGCGGAUCAAACCUCGUUGACUGUAUCGGACGCGAGCCUGUUGUUUGCGGGGGCCUUCAUCCAGGUGCUGGGCGAGAUCAUGGCAGUGACUUCGAUAUCCGGCGACACACUUACCGUCCAGCGAGCCCAGCUAGGAACAUCUGCGUCAUCGCACCCGACGGGAGUGCUGGUGAAGCUGACAACUGGGGCGAGCCUGGGGCGGUCAAUCUACAGGUCAAACAUGGUUCUGCUGGCUACGAUCAGCUUUAGCGACACUGUUCUACGUUUGAAGGACCCAGUGAAGGACACGCAGUCGUCAGGCUUUCAGCCAGGCGACUACCUGCGGGUAUUUGAUUAUUAUGAUUUGUUUGAUGAGGCGAUGUUGGUAUUGAGCGCUGAGACGGCUACGGUAUCGGGGUAUCUCUACCAGAACCUGACGGUCCAAAGAGCUCAGUUUCAGUCAAAUCCAGGCAAAUUUGUUUUCUACGAAGGGAUCUCAGUGAACUAUCUAUUCAGCCCACGAGUCCUGGAGCAGGAAAUCGAUAAGACGGCAACCAUCGCGAACUUCUCAAACACUUACGGACUGCAAGCCGGAGAUCUGCUGUGGGCGUUUCCAGGUUGGGAUAAUGAUGUGUACUUCGAGGUGAUGGAGUAUCAGUCGGACGGCAGUGUACGUCGAGGAAUGAUCCCUGACUAUCGGGGUAGUUCACAGGCGACCAGCGUGUUAGCAGGAGCGCUGGUGCAUACCAUUGCAAAGCCUGCUUACUUGAAGUAUCCUCCAACCUGUAAAGUGACUAAAAGGUUUUGUACCAGCCCAUGUGAGGUGCCCUUAUCUAGUGUAUCAGACUUUGCAGUUGGUGACAUUGUGAGCGAUGGCUAUGCAGCUUUCGAAGUCAAAGCUAUCAACACUACAGACAGCAAAAUCACGGCAACCAAGGUUUUUGCACCAAACGAGGAUUUGAAUCUAAAUUUUAACCAUCGAUUUACGAAGGUCGAGGGUCUGAGGCUCCUCAACUCGACUGUCUCACUGUCAGAUACUCUGGAUACCUACAGCAUCACCUUGACCACUCAAGUGUCAGACUUCUACUCCCCGGGUGACCUCGUGAGAAUCGGCAUGGCUGACUUGGACAAGUGGGGAUUACCUUAUUACAAGAAUGGUUUGUUCCGAGUCACAGCUGUCGGAGAUUACUCCAUGGACGUCAUCUCUUUCAGUUGCUCCAGAUUCGCUUGCCAAACCACAUUCAAACAAGGCAAAGCAAUCUUAUUCAAGUACGAGAAGUUUGACGUCCUCGACGGUGACGCGUUAUUUCCUGGUGACAGCGUCAUGUUGUCGGGGGGCGGUUAUGGCGGGACAGCACAAGUCAUCUCGUCCUCUCAGAACGAGGUACGCCUCAAGUUCACCUCAGGAGAAUAUGGCACAGAACGUGAUGAUUCGUGGAUUCGAGACGCACAUUUCACUUAUCAGCUGCUGCCUGUCUCCAAGAAGAGCUUCGCCAGGUCCAAGCUCGCUCUGGACAUCAACUCGACCGUAACGCGCGUCAUCCUCUUCGACGCCUCCGGGUUCCGAGCCGGCGACAGCAUCGUCGUCGACGACGAGGUCAUGACCAUAGACAACCUCAACGGCAACCUCCUCCAAGUCUCUCGAGCUCAAGCAGGCACCGCUGCUGCCCCUCAUAAGCUCGCAGCAUCAGUCACAUGGACUGCUCCCGUAGCCAAGACGUCCUCGCCAGUCUCUGCCGUUACUCCUAUGACUCGGCGCGACCAGCACCUGAGGUACAUCGCACAGCAGGGCUCAAUCGCCCUUCCCAGCUCGAUCCUGCAGGCCUCCACCAGCUACCAAGACGUCUGGGCACAGCUCAACGAGGAGAUCAUCUUGAUCCGGCAGCCCGCCUCAGGCACCGUCCCGGUGGAUGAUCGCGGGCUGAGAGGAACGUCGGCGGCUGCUCACGUGACCAACACGCCCUACAACAUCCCCAACGCGGUCUUCUCCUGGCAGCUCAACGUCAGGUCAAGUCUGCUGGGCUCGUCGGGCUUCUCAGCUCUGCCUGUGUACAGCAUGAACGCGGCUGGAGUGAUCGCAGUGUCUGGCGUCAACGUGCUGUCUGGAGGAGCCGGAGUGACUAGCCGGCCGACCUUCCAGCUGUGCCUCAACAGGCUCAUCGACGGCGACGCCCAAGGACAGGCGGUCGGAGGAGCUGCCUACUCCUACCGCCCUCUCGUCCAGCAGACUUACCUCGGGGUGGACCUGACGGACAAGUUCACCAAGAGACUCAUCAGGCCGACUGUGACCUACCCCGUGACGUACCAGCCUUGGAGGUUCCCAGCAGACCCUCUCUACUUCCAGGACAGGAUGGACGGGUAUGACCCGAGCUCAGACAGCUCCCUGCUGUCUCCUACCAACGGCUCCAACGCCAUCAACGCCAGCUCUCCGAUCCCUCAUGAGCCAGGCUCGCCCGUGUUCGUGCUUGACUCCUUCGGCCAGAUGCUCGGCGAUCAGGCUGUACCCCAGCAGAGCCUGUCGGUGUCAGACGGCGGCCCGUACUCAUACUCCGUCACCAGCCGACCGUCCGUGCUGGACUCUACCUGGAGCAGCCCGGCCCUGCUCAUCGUGUCGACGUCGUCAGCUACUACAGCCGACAUGUACCUCAACGACACCAUUGCGGGCUCCCACUCCAACGGUCAGAAGACCGCUCUGCUGUCUGCCAGCAGCAGGAUGUUUGCAUGGAAGACAGACCCGCGCAAGCUUGCUGUGCUCGUCGGGGCCUCAGCAGCAGCGUCCACAAUAGCGGUUGCAAGCUCAGCAGCAGCGUCCACGCCAGCGAACGCGAGCUCAUCGACGACUCCAGCAGGAGGUCAGAACAUCGGAGCUAUCAUCGGAGGCGUCAUCGGGGGCGUGGUAGGAGCAGCUCUACUCGGCCUGCUCACCUACAAGCUCAUCACGCCCAAGGCCGUCGGCGAGAAAGUGCAUCCUUCUUUGCCUCCUACUCUGGGAUGA